CAACCACAACAAAAAUAACAAUAACAAUAACAACAACAACAACAACAAAAACGACUACAUUCAACAUUAACACUUUCUAAUUCAUUGUCUCUUCCAUUCUCUUAUUUAUUCAUUUGUUUUAUUACAUUAGCGGCAACAACAAUAACAGUAACAACAAUAACAUUUAAAAUGGAGACUUUUCGAUAUCUUUUUCUCGUAACUUUUGCUUUAGUGUUUGGAUCCUCCCAUGCUGAUCCAGACUUGCUUCAAGAUAUAUGUGUUGCCAAUCUUUCUUCAGGAGUGAAAAUGAAUGGGUUCCCUUGCAAGAACCCCUCAACUAUAAGAGCAGAUGACUUCUUCUUUGCUGGAUUCGCCCAACCAAGCAUCCCAAACAACACUGUGGGGUCGCUUGUCACAGCGGCUAAUGUGGAAAAAAUUCCAGGUCUCAACACUCUUGGCGUCUCCAUGUCUCGCAUUGAUUAUGCCCCUGGUGGGGUCAACCCUCCCCACACCCACCCACGAGCAACAGAGAUAGUGUUUGUUUUGGAAGGUGAACUAGAAGUUGGCUUCUUAACUACAUCCAACAAGUUGAUAUCAAAGGUGAUUAAAAAGGGUGAAAUAUUUGUGUUCCCUAAAGGAUUGGUGCAUUUCCAAAAAAACAUUGGGUGGACGCCUGCUGCUGUUGUUACUGCCUUCAAUAGCCAAUUCCCAGGAACACAAUCUAUUGCUGCCACUCUAUUUGCAGCCUCGCCAACCAUUCUUAAUGAUGUAUUGAGCAAAGCGUUCCAAAUUAAUAACAGUGAAGUUGAGAAAAUCAAGUUGAAACUGAAACCUAAAAAAUAGAUUAACUUAAGCUUUAUAUUUGUUGCCAAUGUUAGAAAAUUAAACAAGGAUCACAAAGUUGUGAUUAUUUUUGAUACUACAAAUUUUGUUUUGUUUUCUUUAUUAAUAACCAAGAAAAAUGCUGUUAUAAA